GUUUCCCUUUUUUUUUUCUUAAACAUAAACAAAUGAAAUAUACAUUCAUCUCGGUACCUGCUUUAGGAGACAAGCAAAAUACAUUUUUAAAUAUCAAAGGAAAAUUAACAGAAUAUGCCCAAACUUACAAAUUAAACAUUCCUGAAUUUAAGAUUGGUACUUUGGAUGCAUUGGUACUUUUAUCAGAUGACCUUAUUAAACAUGAUUCAGUUUUUGAACAAUCAGUUAAUAAGAUGAGCGACCUGUUGAAUAACUUAUUGAAAGGUCAACAGUUAAACCUUCAGGAUCAGUUGUUAGUCAAUGAUAAAUCUAUCGAGCAAUAUAUCUCUACUUUUCAAUGGAAUACCAUGAAGUAUCGUACCGAUAAAUCCUUACAAGAAACCACAGCUACAUUAAGUCAAGAAGUUGCAGCUAUUGAUACUGUUAUGAAGAACAAGUUAAACUUAUAUACCCAAAAUAAAAAUGCCCUUCAAACGUUACAACGUAAACAAACCGGUAAUUUAUCUGUUCGUAGCUUAAAUGGUAUUGUUAAGAAGCAACAUUGCGUAUUAAAUUCUGAAUUUUUAACUACCUUAAUUGUUGCUGUACCCAAAACGCUUUAUAAGCAAUGGAAUAACAAAUAUGAAACAUUGACAGAGAUGGUUGUUCCUCGAUCUACUGUUAAAAUUGCCGAAGAUGAAGAAUUUGGGUUAUUCUCUGUUACAUUAUUCAAACGUAUUGCCGAAGAAUAUUGUCACAAGGCAAGAGAAGAAAGAUUUAUUCCUCGUGAUUUUACUUAUGAUGAAGAUGCUUUACAAACACAACAACGUGAAUUAGAAGAAGCAUCUGCUACUGAACGUGAGCAACAUGCUGAAUUACUGCGUUUAGCAAAGAUCAACUUUAGUGAAGCCUUUGCUGCUUGGUUACAUCUUAAGGCACUUAGAGUUUUCGUUGAGUCUGUUCUUCGUUAUGGUUUACCUCCUGAUUUUUGUUCAGUUACUAUUCAAUCAAAGUCCAAAUUUGAAAAAAAAGUAGAUGAAACUUUAGUAGCUCAAUAUGGUCGUUUAGGUGGAGUCCAUGGACAGGCUAUUAAAAAUGAUCAUCAAGAUGAACUUUUGGAUCAUGAAUUACAAUCUGUCAAUGAUAGUAGUUAUCGACCUUAUGUUCAAUUUGAACUUGAUUUUGACUAUGAACGCAGAUAAGAAGAAAAAAAAAUAUAAAAAUAUAUAUUUUCAUAUACAUAUACAUGAAAACAAAUAAAUA